AUGUCUUUAUCGAAUGAUGAUAAUGAAUUAAAGGAAAGUAGAUUGUUUCCAAUAGGUUUUAAAAAUGAGUUUUGCACUUUUUUGGAGAAGCCUCAAAGAUCAAUUUCUGAGAAAGAUGUCAUUUUGAAUAAAUUGAACGAACCCUUAAACGAAGAUAUUAAAGCUCUUGAACUACAUAUGUUUGGAUUAGUGACCUCACAUUGGAGAAGUUCCAGAAAAUAUAUCUUAACUGGUAAUAAGCAGAAAAAUAAUACGGAGGGAUCUUUGAGUCCAAAUAAUGAAGGUAUUGAAAAGAUUUUUGAUAUCCUUAAAUUGUCGAUGUAUUUUGCAGAAAAUGAAGACGCCACAUCCUUGAAUGAGUUAUGGAACAAAAUUAAGAAUCUAGAUAGUGGAAUGCUUACUUUAGUAGUAUCCUUAUUUAAUCAAAUGUGUAUGAUUACAAACUAUGCUGAAUCUGCCCAAAGAAUACGUCAAUGCAGACGAUUCGAGCGUGAGAUUUCCUCAAUCUUGGAUCAAUCUCAGAUUUGUGCGUCAAAUAAACCAAAUUCAAAUACAGAUAUAAUAUCUGCUCAUUCUCUCAGAGUUACCAUUAAAAAGCUUCUUCAGGCUGGGUUUAGUAAGGAACAGAUUUACCAAUCAAUUUGUGAGCAGGAAGUUGAUUUGGUUGUUACUGCUCAUCCAACCCAGGCUCAAAGAAUAUCUGUAAUAAAAUGUUGUCAAAAAAUUGGAGGGAUAAUUAUAUAUUUGGAUAGAGAUGACUUAACCCCGUUUGAAAUUAAUAAUGCAAAACAUGAGCUUCAAAGAACAAUGGCUAUGCUAUGGAAUGUAGAUACCCUUAGAAGAGCUAGGCCAACACCAGUAGAUGAGGUUCAGAAUACUUUGAAUACUAUUGAAGAGACAGUUUUUAGUACAUUACCAACCUUUCUUAGAAAAAUUGAUGAAAUUUUGAAUGAUUUUGGAAUGGAACCCUUACCACCAACAAAAACAUUAUUUAAAUAUUCAUCAUGGGUUGGUGGAGACAGAGAUGGAAAUCCAUAUGUUACAGCCAAAGUAACCAGAUUAUCAGUGAUAAAUAUGAGACUCAGAGCAUGCAAUUUAUUUUUACACAAGAUUGAAGAGUUAAUGUAUGAAAUCCCUGUCAUUUCUGCUCAUGAAAAGUUAAAAAAUUAUGUUGAAAAUCUUCCAGAUAUUGAAUUCUAUGUUAAGCCUACUUCUUAUGAUUCCCUGAAUAAUUCUGGAUGUAUCACUAGCGAUGCAACAGUGGGAUUACGUCCUUUUAUGGGCUUUAUUUCGGAGUAUGAGCUUUAUAGAAGACUUUUACAUCACAUACGUAUUAGACUUAUUGCAACGAGGGAUUACUAUUUGGAUGCAUUAAAUUUUGGGCACUCUGUUAACUCUGAAACAAGAAGAGCUUUAGCAUACCACUCAACUGAACAGAUUCUUGAACCACUAAUUCUCAUGUACAAUGCUUUGGAGGAUUAUGAUCAGGAAAUUAAGACUAACUUUAAAGACGGUCUUCUUCCUGGAACCAAAAUUUCAGUUCCAUGGAUAAGUGAGUCAAGCUCAGUAUCGGCAAAGCUUGGGAGAGGAUUACUUUUGGACGUUAUCAGACAAAUUUCUGCGUUUGGACUUUCUUUAAUGAGAUUGGAUAUUCGUCAAGAAGCAUCUAAACAUGAAAAAGCCAUGGAUGAAAUUUGUAGAUACCUUGAGAUUGGAAAUUACUCUGAAUUCCCUGAAGAAAAAAAACAAGAAUUCCUUUUAAAUUGUCUCAAAUCUAAAAGACCUUUAAUUCCCUACAGACUGAACUGGUCCAAAGAAACUACUGAGAUUCUAGAUACCUUCUAUGAAUGCUCUCAUCUUGGAGCUGAGGCUUUGGGGUCUUAUAUAAUAUCUAUGUGUAUGAAACCUUCUGAUAUUCUUUGUGUUCAUGUUUUCCAAAAAGAAUAUUUUUCCACAAUUAGUGCUGAUAGCGAAUUCCAUGCAGAAAUCCACGAUCUUAAUAAGUUUAUUAAAAGAAGAAGCUCAAGCAUUUCUAAUAAUAACAACUCAAAUGUUGCAGUUAACAAUCAAGCAUCUAAUACCGCAGUUAAAAGUGAUACAAUCAAAAACGGAAAUAUUUCUCCAAGCAUUCAUGAUUCUCCAAAAUCUUCAGCUGCUAUAUUAUCCUCAAUUGCAUCAAAGAGAAUGAGAGUAGUACCUUUAUUGGAAACUGUUGAAGCAUUAAACAAUGCAGAAAAGACUUUGGAAACAUUAUUAUCAAAUGAAUGGUAUUUAAAUUAUGUUAAGACUGUAGAUAAAGGUAUAGUAGAAGUAAUGAUUGGAUAUUCUGAUAGCAGUAAAGAUGGAGGUAGAUUAACUUCUGGAUGGCAACUUUAUAAUGCUCAAGAAAGACUUACAAAUAUUGCUACAAGAUUUGGCGUAGAAAUGGUCUUUUUCCACGGAAGAGGAGGAAGUAUUGGAAGAGGAGGUGGCCCUCAACACUUAGCCAUAUUAAGCCAGCCUCCCAAUACUAUUACAUCCCUGAUGAGAAUUACAGUUCAAGGAGAAGCAAUCACACAAUCUUUCGGUCUUUCAGAAAUAGCAUUCAAAACAUGGGAGAUUUACUGUUCAGCAAUUUUGGAAUCUAGAAUUAGUGCUCUAGAUACUCCAAAUAUCAAUAAUUGUGAGUUAAGUAAGAAUCUUAGAUAUCAAACAAAAGUUAAAGAUUCUUGGAGAGAACUACUUGAUCAAAUGAGUGAUCUAUCAAUGAAAGAAUACCGAAAAAUUGUUUUUGGUGAAGGUAACCCAGAUUUUACUUCUGAUGAAUUUGUUGCAUACUUCAGAAAUGUUACCCCUGAAAAAGAAAUCAGUGAGCUUAACUUAGGAAGCAGACCAUCAAAGAGGAAAACUGGAGGUAUUGAAACUUUAAGAGCAAUUCCAUGGGUAUUUGCUUGGACACAAGUUAGGUCUCAUCUUCCAGUAUGGUUGGGAUUAAGUGCAGCUUUGGAAGAAAUGAAGAAACAAAACAAAUUAAAUUUAGUCACAGAAAUGUACGAAAAUUGGCCAUUUAUAAAAAGCUUUUUUGAUUUAGUAUCUAUGAUUUUGUUGAAAGCUGAUGUACAUAUCUUUGACUUGUAUAACCGUAUUUUAGCUCCUCCUGAGUUACAAAAGAUUGGAAAUCUUUUAAUUUCAAAGCUUAAAGAUACAAUUAAAUUGGUUAUGGAAGUAACUAAAGAAAAACAAUUAUUGGAUUCUGACUUUGUUACUAGAAAAGCCAUUUUACUUAGAUUUUCCUGGUUAGCUCCAUGUCAUCUUGUCCAAAUUGAGUGUAUUAAUCGCAGAAGAAAAAUUCUAAGUUCAUCUGUAAGUACUGAUCAAAUAAAUGAAAUAGAACUAAGCAAAAUUGAAAAUGCUCUUAAAAUUUCGAUUCAAUCAAUAUCAGCAGGGAUGAAAUUCACAGGAUAA